AUGCUUUCCUCUACUCUAGCCAGAGUGCUAGGCCACCAUAAUAUAUCAACACCUCAAUAUCCACUCUCUUCUGCUCGUCCAGAUAAGCUCUCCUCCCAAUUUCCACCACACGUUUCAACCGCCAGGAAGGAAGGUGACAAGUCCAGCCAUUCCAUUCGGACUGCAUGGUCAGUCUUGUCAGCUCCGAGCAAGAGGCAAGAUGACGCGCCAAGACUGUCCGAAAGAGGAAGGUUGCCCGCUCUGGAAGGUGUCGCUUUGGAGGAGGGUAGAUACAAGGCUCUGGGAUUAAUAGGUACUAUCGGGUUCCGGAUUGUGGAAGAGCCUGGUAUGCGUGCGGGUAGAAGAGUAGUGGUCUGA